AUGGACGCUAUCCAGGGCAGUUUGGCUGUCCUUGAGAUGGAGCCGAUGGACUAUACAGAAUAUUCCGUGGUGUCGAACGGAGAGCGUGGUGGAAUAGCGGAGAGAACACAGACUAGAAGAUCUUUGGCAGGCGUAGUAUACGGCCCACCGAGCGGUGCGCCGCCUGGACACUACAAACGUCAACCACUAGCUGGAUCACCCGAACCACGAAUAGCCCGCUCGGUUGGUUCCGAUUUCAAGAACAAAACGACAAACUCGGUGCUGGAAGUACUUCUCGAAGAACCACGUGUUAGUAUCCGCGGUCGGGUGAGGAAAACCUCACUGGCUGGAUGCGAUGCCGUUGAUCGGCAUGGUCGCUCGAACAGUUUUCCAAUAAUACGUCAGAAUCCCACGCGUAUACGUAUACAUUCUCAGAAGCUCCUCAAGGUUCUCGAAUCGAUCGCACAAACAGCGGGACGAUCCUUUGUCACAAGCGGAACCUCCGCGAUUACGUUCCUCUCUCCCUUCAAGCUUUUUGCCACGCUAGAGCCAUCUAUCAGAGAACGGCUUGCAGGCUUGGAACUCGCAGACCAAGAGCGCCACAGCAAUGGCCUUCAGAGCGAGAUGAAAAGUAUAAGCAUUAACGGAGAUAACACAUCUGGAGCUACAAGUUGGGUAGAUAGUCGCCUUAGUUCGGUGCCAGAAUAUGGCGAAGGCUGUGGGGAUGUUUCUAGAUCUAGUGCGGAAAUCAGACCAUCUGUUGAUCGAUAUACAAGUUCUGCGAGUAAAACAAGAGAUGGGGAGGACGAUAAGGAAACGCUUCAACACCUUAGGCUUCUUGUUGAACUAUUUGAUACUGAUUUGAAACCCAUGUUUGAUAUGCGUCGUCAAAUCAAGGAGAAGACGCUCACCAGUAUAGCAUACGCCGACCUUUGGCAUCUAUUUGAGUACGGUCAAGAUGUCACAAGCUCAGAGUCUAGGUUGCGCGUUUACCGAGUCUUGAGGUGGACAGGAGGCCGUGAGACCCUCGCUAAGCACGGCAUGUAUGCUGAACUCCAAGCACGCGCAACUGACGAUGCUCAAUCUUUCCAAAAAACGGAUAUCAUGAAUAAUGCACUUAUUAUAGAGUGUGUUAGCUUUGAGUUUGACGGACACCAGUAUGGCCCCGUGCAGAAGACGUUUCUGAUCAGAAAGUAUGAUGGAGAGAAGCCGAUAGCCAGCCUUCCCAUCUAUCCUUUGGCGUUCGCCCCAGAUAGAGACCAGAUUUGGGAACGCUUAAUCAAACGGGGGAACUUUUACCUUCAACUUUCUCGUGUUGAUAAGCCGGCACAUAAACACUACUCGGGUCUGACACUCGAUGAACCUCGCGAGGAGAUUGAUUCCCAGAUCAUAGUAGAUACCAGAAUGGCAGUCCUUCGUUAUUACACAGAUCUUACUCCCAUUGGGCUCGGCAACCUGACGGAGCACAAUCUUCGUGAGACAUACGAAGAGACUGUCAAUCCUACGAUCACCAAUGGAGUGUGCUCCGAAGAUGGGUGUUGCGACAAUGACUGGGUUCAUAAAGACUAUACUUGGCAAUUGCAAUAUGAAGAUCAAUUUUUUGAUGAGCACAAGGCAAUACUAGCGCCAACCACCGAUCUGGUCGAUAUCGAUGAUGAAGAGAAGGUCCUUUUACCUCACUAUGUCUACGGAUUUGUCCUGCGUAGCCGAAAAUGGGCAAAGUUUGACAUCGAUUUCAUACGAGAUAUGGAGUAUGCGAGCGGAUUUGAUGACUUGGUCCUACCUACUGGCCACAAGGAGACUGUGCGUGCAUUGGUUGCAAAUCAUUCGCGUUUGCCCAACACAGGAGGAGGAACUCCAAAUGGGGAGCGGUCAAUAGACUUGGUGCGGGGCAAAGGAAAAGGUCUAGUUAUUCUAUUGCACGGCGCCCCUGGGGUUGGAAAAACCUCCACUGCCGAGUGUGUUGCCGACACCACAAGACGACCCCUCUUCCCGAUAACAUGUGGAGAUAUUGGCGAUACAGCAUCUGAGGUUGAGACCAAUCUAGAGAAGAACUUCCAGCUGGCACACAAGUGGGGAUGCGUUUUGUUGCUUGAUGAGGCGGAUAUAUUCCUACAAAAACGUGACAAGACCGAUAUUAGGAGAAACGCCAUUGUUUCCGUGUUUCUGAGGACACUGGAAUAUUAUAGUGGCAUUCUAUUUCUGACCACAAAUCGUGUCGGUAUAUUUGAUCCAGCUUUCCGAUCGCGUAUUCACAUCAGUCUCUAUUACCCAGGGCUUCAAAAAGAGGCAACCAUACAGAUCUGGAAGAUGCAUUUAGCACGUACACAGGCGUUGAAAGGCGAAAACUUCAAGCUUCACACGAAGGAGAUACUGAAAUUCGCCAAAACCCAUUAUAUGGAGCUGAAAAAGGCAAAAGCCGGAAGCUGGAAUGGCAGACAAAUUCGUAAUGCCUUCCAAACGGCUAUUGCUCUUGCUGAGUUCGAGGCUUCGGGAGAAGGUGUUGCCGACGCGACUGGUUCUCGACAGUACAAUCCCGAACUUACUGAGCGCCACUUCGCCAAGGUGGCGGAAGCGUCCAAGGAAUUUGACAAAUAUCUUCGGAGUACACUUGGGGGUCAGACUGACGCCGACGUCGCCCGACUCGAGCAGACCAGAGUGGAUGACUUCAACCAGUUGGUGGAGAAACUAGAGCAAAAUGAAAAGGCACAAAAAGGAAGGGAUAAGGGGAAACGAAGGGGCAAGGUGGAAUUUGACAGUGAAGAUAGCGAGCAGCUUGAUUCGGAAGAAAGUGGUGCUAGUGAGAGCUCGACAAGUGAUAGCGAGAGCUCGGAGGAGGAAUUCAUUCCUGCCAAACCAGUCAAGAAGAGCAAGAAGGACGGGAAAAGUAAGAAGUCAAGGAAUAGGGAUUGA